UUUGAAAUUUGAAGACAUCUGAGGCGGGCGUUUCAAAUUUUUCAGGAUGGAGUCCGCUCCAGUUUGGGCACCAUUUUUGGGUUUAAUUGGAUGUAGUGCGGCGAUGAUAUUAUGUGCACUUGGCGCUGGUUACGGCACUGCCAUUUCCGGUAUGAGCAUUUCAUGCAUUGCAGUAUCCCGUCCUGAUAUCGUCAUGAAGACCAUAAUACCAGUUGUAAUGGCAGGAAUAAUUGCAAUAUAUGGUCUUGUCGUCUCUGUAUUAAUUGCUCAAAGAAUAGACGAUAGUUACACUUUGUUCAUGUCAAUUAAUGAUCUUGGUGCUGGUUUAAGCGUGGGAUUCAGUGGACUGGCUGCUGGCUACGCAAUUGGGAAAGUUGGUGACGCCGGUGUGCGAGCAACCUCCAAGCAACCAAGAAUGUUUGUUGGAAUGGUGCUUAUUUUAAUCUUUGCGGAGGUACUUGGACUCUAUGGACUAAUAGUUGCUCUUAUUAUGUCGACAAAGUGAUUUGACUUAAAUAACUCCUUACACACUAUCAAUUCGCAUAAUAAUUAUUCCUAUAUGUUAUCUUUUCGAGAUCUUGUGAUUGGUACAUUGUCUCUUUGAUAUUGAUAAACUUAGUUCUUUUACAAAA